AAAACAAAACACAACUAUCUGUCGAACUCCGCCUACUUUUCAUAUCCAGCCGGUCAGUGACCAAUCUACGUGUAAUGAAGUUGAGCGUUUGGGCACGCUCCUGUGUAGUGUGCAAUACUUAACGAGAAGUGUUUGUUGUUUUCGUUCGAUUAAAAUACACCAAGAUUCGGCGGAAUGUUUAAGUUCAUUAAGGCGAAAGGGCCCCACCAAACGGCCGAACGGCAAAAGUUACAGAAGGAAUUGUUCUCCUACCGGAGGACGCUCCAGCACGGUUUCCCGCACAAACCCACCGCCUUGGCCUGGGACCCGUCGUUGCGGUUGAUAUGCAUCGGCACCGCCACCGGCGCCAUCAAGGUCUUCGGCCAGCCGGGCGUCGAAUUCUACGGGCAACACCAGAACCCCAUACCCGUCACGAAAAUCGUCUUCCUACCCGACCAAGGUAGAAUCGUAUCGCUUUGCGACGACAACUCGCUGCACCUGUGGGAGGUGAACAAGAGCUCUUUGAUCGAAGUCAAAUCGCAGGCGUUGGAAGGGAAACUGAAGAAAAUCUCCACGGUGUGCUUGGAGACGGCGUGCAAACACCUACUGCUCGGCACCGAAGGCGGCAACAUCUAUUUGCUCGACUUGAACACCUUCACCAUGACCCCGGACAUCAUCUAUCAAGACGUCGUCAUGCAAAACGUUCCGCAAGAUUACAAAUUGAAUCCGGGAGCCGUGGAAUCCGUGCUGGAGCAACCGAACCAUCCCAAUCACAUACUGAUCGGCUACAACAGGGGCCUGAUCGUCCUGUGGAACAAGGCCGAUAAUGCGGCGGUGAAAACCUUCAUCGCCAAUCAACAAUUGGAGGCGUUGACGUGGAAAGAAGACGGCCGGCAUUUUCUCAGCGCCCACAACGACGGCAGCUACAUGGAGUGGAAUAUCGAUCAAUCGGAGAAGCCCGUGGGCGAGCCGAUAACCACGUACGGCCCGUACGCCUGUAAGGCCAUUCCGAAAAUACUGACGAGGCGAUUGGGCGACGAUCAGCUGUUGGUCUUCUCCGGGGGUUUACCGAGAACGUACAGCGACAAAUACACGGUGUCGGUGGCGCACGGCGACAAGCACGUGGCCUUCGACUUCACGAGCAAGGUGAUUGAUUUUAUUUUGAUAGAAUCUAGAAGCCACGAAGAGAACGGUACAGAUAGUAACGACGUUACGGAAAAUAGCGCAGCUAGUAAAGGCGAACCCGAAACCGUCGUGGUUCUGGCCGAAGAGGAACUGGUAGCUAUAGAUUUGAAAGACGAGAACUGGAAAAUGCUGAAUUUGCCCUAUUUAGCGCCGUUGCACGCUUCGGCGGUUACUUGCAGUCAAUACGUAUCAGGUAUACCUGAGGAAUUGUGGGAGCACUUGAAAGAUGCCGGGAAAGUACAGACGGGCCAUCUCUAUUCGAACCGCCCGUGGCCCAUCGACGGGGGCGGUUUGUUGUGUUCGAAAGGCUCCCAGCCCAAGAGGGAGCUCCUCCUCACCGGCCACGAAGACGGUACUGUCAAAUUCUGGGACGCCGGAGGAGUCACUUUAACGUUAAUCUACAAAUUCAACACAGCUCAGUUCUUCUCCGGAGACGAUUUGGAAGAAGUCCAUCCGGACCCGGAAGAUUUGGAGGACGAAUGGCCGCCGUUCAGGAAGAUCGGCAUAUUCGAUCCCUACUCGGACGAUCCGCGAUUGGCCGUUAAGAAAAUCACGCUGUGUCCUCUAUCCGGCACGCUCGUCGUCAGCGGUACUGCCGGUCAAACCAUCGUGGCGAAAUUCGACACCGAGCUACUCGAGGCGCCGCUCAAAGUCUCCACGAUGAACAUCGUCAGCGAUAGAGACGGUUUCGUGUGGAAAGGACACGGCCAGCUCACCCCAAAACAAGGAACGAUCGCACAAUCCAGAGGCUUCCAAGCGAAUUCGAUUCUUCAAGUGCACCCGCCCGCCGCCAUUACAUGCUGCGUGCUCCAAGCCGAUUGGGGUUUAGUAGCGGUCGGUACGGCCCACGGGCUCGCCUUGCUCGACUACAUCCGGAACAAACCCAUCAUGGUGAAAUGCACGCUAAAUCCCAACGAUCUGACGGGCGCCGGCGAUGCGCCGAUCUCCCGCAGGAAAUCGUUCAAGAAAUCGCUGCGGGAAUCGUUCAGGCGCUUGAGGAAGGGCCGCUCGCAGCGCAGGAACCCCAACAAAGACGACAAAACGGCCACGUCGCCGGCGGGUAAGAGAACCGCGCCCGCCGACGAUCCGGUGAAUCCGCUCGACGCGAAACCUGUCGAACGACAAAUCGAGGCGAGGGCCAGCGACGAUUCCAUGGCCUCCUACGUGCGGUGUUUGUAUUUCGCGCGAACGUUUUUAGUCAGUGUACAAAAUACGAAUCCGACGCUUUGGGCAGCUACGAACAACGGCACCGUCUACGCCUUCACGAUAAUGGUACCGUCGACGUCGAAGCGCGACACGGACGACAUCACCUGUCAGCUAGCCAAAGAGAUCCAAUUGAAACACCGGGCGCCGGUGAUAGGCAUCGCCGUCCUGGACGGAUCGAGCAAACCCCUGCCGGAACCGCUCGAAGUCGAAAAGGGCGUCGCCCCGCUGCCCGACACCACGCAGGCCCACCGCGUCGUCAUCGCCUCCGAGGAGCAAUUCAAAAUAUUCACGUUGCCCAACUUGAAGCCCUUCUGUAAAUACAAGCUGACCGCGCACGAAGGAGCGCGAGUGAGGAGGAUGGCGUUCGCGAACUUCUCCUGCCAAACGGACGAUGUGAAACAUUCCGAAGUCGAUCUACUCUGCCUGACGAACCUCGGCGAUUGCCUGGUCCUCAACAUUCCGGAACUCAAAAGACAACUCAACGCGGCCGCCAUCAAAAAGGAAGACAUCAACGGGAUAUCGUCGCUGGUGUUCACCAAGGACGCGCAAGCGCUCUACCUGCACUCGUCCUCGGAGCUGCAGAGGCUGUCGCUGUCCACCAGCAGCGUGACGAUGGCCAGGUGCUACCUGCCGCUGCCGGCCGGCGCCCGCGACGACAACGUCUCCGAGGCGGGCUCGUCGCCGGAGCGCGAGCCGCUGGAAACGUCCGCCGACGGUCACGCGCACUUGGUCAACGGCAACGCCGAGAGCAAAGAGGGCAGCGUGGCGGACAAGUCUGAUGAUGUCAAGACGAACGGGGACGAAACGUUGCACAACGUGACGGUGUCGAGCAGCGUGGGCGACAUCACCAUCGACAGCGUCAAGGAUCAUCUCGGUUCAGGUGAGGAUCUCGCGAGAAAGCUUACCAAUAUGACCGUCGCGAAAACAGUGACCGGCGUUUUAAGCGAUAGUGCGACGCAAGAGGGCGUCGUUGCGAGUAUUACCACGACGGCGACGUCGGCAGGUCAGGAAGCUAUUAUAGAAAGUCAGGAGGAUGGAACACCGGCAAGUUUAGAGGUUAAAGCGAUUCAAGUGAGCGACUUGUUACUUCGAGCUCCUUUGGCGUUGGCUGAAGAGGAUUCUUAAUCGCGAAAGGGUUCAAAGAUAAAAAUGGUCAAUAAACAUGCCAUAUCACCGGGAUCAGUAUUUCCUUUCUUCAUAUUUCAUUUACACUAUAUAUUCUUUGUCGAGUUGUUUAUAGUAUUUUUAUUAUUUUCGCAGAUAUAUUUAUAUGUUUUUUUUUUUCGUCAAAAAUGGAAGUAUUGUGUUUUGUA